CCAGAGGCGGGAGGCCGGUUCCGGUUGCAUCAGCGUGGGAUUCACGGCGAAAUGAGACUGUUUGUGAGCGAGGGCACCCCUGGGAGCCUGCCGGUGCUGGCAGCAGCCGGGAGGGUCCGGGGCAGAAUAGAGUUGCUCAUCAGCACUGUAGGCCCGGAAGAGUGUGUGGUCCCGUUCCUGACCAGGCCUAAGGUCCCUGUUUUGCAGCUGGAUAGUGGCAACUACCUCUUCUCUACUACUGCAAUCUGCCGAUAUUUCUUUCUGUUAUCUGGCUGGGAGCAAGAUGAUCUUACCAAUCAGUGGCUGGAAUGGGAGGCAACAGAGCUGCAGCCAGCUUUGUCUGCUGCCCUGUACUAUUUAGUGGUCCAAGGCAAGAAGGGGGAAGAUAUUCUUGGUCCACUUCGGAAAGCCCUGACUCACAUUGACCAAAGUUUGAGUCAUCAAAACUGUCCAUUCCUGGCUGGGGAGACAGAAUCUCUAGCUGAUAUUGUUUUGUGGGGAGCACUAUACCCAUUGCUGCAAGACCCAACCUACCUCCCUGAGGAGCUAGGCGCCUUGCGCAGCUGGUUCCAGACACUGAGUACCCAGGAGCCAUGUCAGCGAGCUGUAGAGACUGUGCUGAAACAGCAGGGUGUCUUGGCUCUUCGAUCCUACCUCCAGAAGCAGCCCCAGGCCCACCCAUCUGAGGGGAAGGUGGUCAGCAAUGAGCCUGAGGAGGAAGAGCUAGCUACCCUAUCUGAGGAAGAGAUUGCUAUGGCUGUGACUGCGUGGGAGAAGGGCCUGGGAAGCUUGCCCUCCCUUCGGCCCCAGCAGAAUCCAGUGUUGCCUGUGGCUGGGGAAAGGAAUGUGCUCAUCACCAGUGCCCUCCCUUAUGUCAACAAUGUCCCCCACCUUGGAAACAUUAUUGGUUGUGUGCUCAGUGCCGACGUCUUUGCCAGAUACUCUCGCCUCCGCCAGUGGAAUACCCUCUAUCUGUGUGGGACAGAUGAGUAUGGCACAGCAACAGAGACCAAGGCUAUGGAGGAGGGCCUAACCCCUCGGGAAAUCUGUGACAAGUAUCAUCGCAUCCAUGCUGACAUCUACCACUGGUUUAAUAUCUCAUUUGAUAUUUUUGGUCGCACCACCACUCCACACCAGACCAAAAUCACACAGGACAUCUUCCAGCGGUUGCUGACCCGAGGUUUUGUGGUACAAGAUACAGUAGAGCAACUGCGGUGUGAGCACUGCGCCCGUUUCCUGGCUGACCGCUUUGUGGAAGGAGUGUGUCCCUUCUGUGGCUACGAAGAAGCCCGGGGUGACCAGUGUGAUAAGUGUGGCAAACUCAUCAAUGCCAUUGAGCUCAAGAAACCUCAGUGUAAAGUCUGCCGGUCAUGCCCUGUGGUGAAGUCCUCCCAGCACCUGUUCUUGGACCUGCCUAAGCUGGAAAAUCGACUGGAAGAUUGGUUGGGGAAGACAUUGCCUGGUAGUGACUGGACACCAAAUGCCCGGUUUAUUAUUCGUUCUUGGCUUCGGGAUGGCCUCAAGCCACGCUGCAUAACUCGAGAUCUUAAAUGGGGAACCCCUGUACCCUUAGAAGGUUUUGAGGACAAGGUAUUUUAUGUCUGGUUUGAUGCUACUAUUGGUUACCUGUCCAUCACAGCCAACUACACAGAGCAGUGGGAGAGAUGGUGGAAGAACCCAGAGCAAGUGGACCUUUACCAGUUCAUGGCCAAAGAUAAUGUUCCCUUCCAUGGUUUAGUCUUUCCUUGUUCAGCCCUAGGAGCUGAGGACAACUACACCUUGGUCAAGCACCUCAUUGCUACAGAAUACCUUAACUAUGAAGACGGGAAAUUCUCUAAGAGCCGGGGUGUGGGAGUGUUUGGAGACAUGGCCCAGAACACAGGAAUCCCUGCUGAUAUCUGGCGUUUUUAUCUGCUAUACAUUCGGCCUGAGGGCCAAGACAGUGCCUUCUCCUGGACAGACAUGCUGCUCAAGAAUAAUUCUGAGCUGCUUAACAACUUGGGCAACUUUGUCAACAGAGCUGGGAUGUUUGUGUCUAAGUUUUUUGGGGGCUGUGUGCCUGAGAUGGUGCUUACCCCUGAUGAUCAGCGCCUGCUGGCCCAUAUCACCCUGGAGCUCCAGCACUAUCACCAGCUACUCGAAAAGGUUCGGAUCCGGGAUGCCUUACGCAGUAUCCUUACCAUAUCGAGACAUGGCAACCAAUAUAUUCAGGUGAAUGAACCCUGGAAAAGGAUUAAAGGCAGUGAGGCAGACAGGCAGCGGGCAGGCACAGUGACAGGCUUGGCAGUGAAUAUAGCUGCCUUGCUGUCUGUCAUGAUCCAACCUUACAUGCCUACAGUUAGCGCCACCAUCCAGACCCAGCUGCAGCUCCCCCUUCAAGUCUGCAGUGUUCUUCCCAUAAAGUUCCUGUGUACCUUACCAGCAGGGCACCAGAUUGGCACAGUCAGUCCCCUGUUCCAAAAACUGGAAAAUGACCAGAUUGAAAGUUUGAGGCAGCGCUUUGGAGGGGGCCAGCUAGAAGAGUCUUUGGAGUUCAAGGCAAAAGCAUCCCCUAAGUCAACAGUUGUAGAGACUGUUACAGCUGGGUUACAGCAGAUACAGGUACUGAUGGAUGAAGUGACAAAACAGGGCAACAUUGUCCGAGAACUGAAAGCACAAAAGGCAGACAAGAACCAGGUUGCUGCAGAGGUGGCUAAGCUCUUGGACCUAAAGAAACAGUUGGCUGUAGCUGAGGGUAAACCCCUCGAAACUCCUAAAGGCAAGAAAAAAAAGUGAGAGAACUUGUUCAUAGAAAGCCACUUUACUGGAUAUGAACAGUAAUCAAUAAAUGUACAAUCUAUCUAUAUAUAUA